AUGACGUCCACCGUCACCUUAGAAGAUGCGCUGUCUAACGUGGACCUCCUGGAGGAGCUCCCACUGCCCGACCAGCAGCCAUGCAUCGAGCCGCUGCCUUCCUCAAUUAUGUACCAGCCAAACUUCAACACCAACUUUGAGGACCGCAACGCCUUCGUCACGGGUAUCGCCAGAUACAUCGAGCAGGCCACCGUCCACUCCAGCAUGAAUGAAAUGCUGGAGGAAGGUCAGGAGUACGCAGUCAUGCUGUACACCUGGAGAAGCUGCUCACGUGCAAUACCACAGGUCAAAUGCAACGAGCAGCCCAACCGAGUGGAGAUCUACGAGAAGACUGUGGAGGUGCUGGAGCCGGAAGUCACCAAGCUGAUGAACUUCAUGUAUUUUCAGCGAAACGCCAUCGACCGAUUCUGCGGCGAAGUGCGCCGCCUUUGUCACACCGAGCGGCGCAAGGACUUUGUGUCCGAGGCCUACCUGCUGACGCUGGGGAAGUUCAUCAACAUGUUCGCCGUGCUGGACGAGCUCAAGAACAUGAAGUGCAGCGUCAAGAACGACCACUCUGCCUAUAAGCGCGCUGCUCAGUUUCUCCGGAAAAUGUCUGAGCCUUCCUCAAUUCAGGAAUCACAGAACUUGUCCAUGUUCCUGGCAAACCACAACAAAAUCACUCAGUCUUUGCAGCAACAACUGGAGGUGAUCAACGGCUACGAGGAGCUUCUAGCCGACAUCGUCAACCUGUGCGUGGAGUACUAUGAUAACAAGAUGUACCUCACGCCUGGCGAGAAGCACAUGCUGCUCAAAGUCAUGGGCUUCGGCUUGUACCUGAUGGACGGAAACAACAGCAACAUCUAUAAACUGGAUGCUAAGAAGAGGAUUAACUUGACCAAGAUUGACAAGUUUUUCAAGCAACUGCAGGUGGUCCCUCUUUUCGGUGAUAUGCAAAUCGAGUUGUCCAGGUACAUCAAGACCAGCGCUCACUUUGAGGAGAACAAAUCCAGGUGGACUUGCACGUCCAUAUCCAGCAGCCCUCAGUACAACAUCUGCGAGCAGAUGAUUCAGAUCCGCGAGGAUCACAUGCGCUUCAUCUCGGAGCUGGCCCGCUACAGCAACAGCGAGGUGGUGACCGGUUCGGGUCGUCAGGAGGCUCAGAAGACGGAUAUGGAGUAUAGGAAGUUGUUUGACUUGGCGCUGCAAGGCAUGCAGCUCCUGUCGCAGUGGAGUGCUCACGUUAUGGAAGUGUAUUCCUGGAAACUGGUUCACCCCACGGACAAAUACUCCAACAAGGAGUGCCCCGACAAUGCCGAAGAGUACGAGCGUGCCACCCGAUACAAUUACACAAGCGAGGAAAAGUUUGCCCUGGUGGAGGUGAUUGCCAUGAUAAAAGGUCUCCAGGUCCUGAUGGGCCGCAUGGAGAGCGUUUUCAACCACGCCAUCCGUCACACCAUCUACUCAGCCCUGCAGGACUUCUCGCAAGUGACGCUGCGUGACCCAUUACGGCAGGCCAUUAAGAAGAAGAAGAAUGUCAUCCAGAGUGUCCUCCAGGCAAUCCGGAAGACUGUGUGCGAUUGGGAGACAGGUCGUGAGCCGUACAACGACCCGGCGCUCCGCGGUGAAAAAGAUCCCAAGGGUGGAUUUGACAUCAAGGUCCCUCGACGAGCCGUAGGACCUUCCAGUACUCAGCUCUACAUGGUGAGAACCAUGCUGGAGUCCCUCAUCGCCGACAAAAGUGGCUCCAAGAAGACCCUACGCAGCAGUCUGGAGGGACCGACCAUCUUGGAUAUUGAGAGGUUUCAUCGCGAGUCCUUUUUCUACACGCACCUGCUAAACUUCAGCGACACCUUGCAGCACUGUUGCGACCUCUCCCAGCUGUGGUUCCGGGAGUUCUUCCUGGAACUCACGAUGGGCCGCAGGAUUCAGUUCCCCAUUGAGAUGUCCAUGCCCUGGAUCCUCACGGAUCACAUCCUGGACACCAAGGAAUCCUCCAUGAUGGAGUAUGUGCUGUAUCCCCUGGAUUUGUACAAUGACAGCGCUCACUACGCCCUGACCAAGUUCAAGAAGCAGUUCCUCUACGACGAAAUCGAGGCUGAAGUGAACUUGUGCUUCGAUCAAUUUGUUUACAAGCUGGCAGAUCAGAUAUUCGCCUACUACAAGAUCCUCGCUGGAAGUCUCUUGCUGGACAAGCGUUUGCGGGCCGACUGUAAGAACCAAGGUGCCAACAUUCCAUGGCCAGCCUCCAAUCGCUAUGAGACCCUGCUUAAGCAGCGCCACGUCCAGCUCCUCGGCCGUUCCAUUGACCUGAACAGGCUGAUCACUCAGAGGGUUUCUGCUGCGUUGUACAAGUCCCUGGAGCUUGCCAUCAACCGCUUUGAAAGCGAGGACCUCACUUCAAUCAUGGAACUGGAAGGACUAGUUGAGAUCAACCGUUUGACUCACAAGCUCCUCUGCAAGUUCUUGACGCUGGAUAGCUUCGACGCCAUGUUCCGCGAAGCCAACCAUAACGUUUCGGCGCCAUACGGCCGAAUCACGCUGCACGUCUUUUGGGAGCUCAACUACGACUUCCUGCCCAACUACUGCUACAACGGCUCCACCAACAGGUUCGUGCGCACCGUCCUGCCUUUCUCUCAGGAAUUUCAGAGGGACAAGCCGCCCAACGCUCAGCCGCAGUAUCUCUACGGAUCCAAGACACUGAACCUGACGUACAGCAGCAUCUUCAGCUGCUACCGCAACUUCGUGGGCCCGCCACACAUCAAGGUGAUGUGCCGCCUGCUAGGUUAUCAGGGCAUCGCCGUGGUGAUGGAAGAGCUGCUCAAGGUGGUCAAGAGCCUGCUCCAGGGCACCAUCAUGCAGUACGUGAAGACCCUUAUGGAAGUGAUGCCCAAAAUCUGUCGACUUCCUCGCCAUGAGUAUGGCUCGCCAGGAAUCUUGGAGUUCUUCCACCACCAGCUGAAGGACAUCGUCGAGUACGCCGAGCUGAAGACUGUGUGCUUCCAGAACCUGCGUGAGGUGGGGAACGCGCUUCUUUUCUGCUUGCUCAGUGAGCAGAGUCUGUCGCAGGAGGAAGUUUGUGAUCUGCUGCAUGCGGCGCCUUUCCAGAACAUUCUACCUAGAGUCCACAUCAAAGAGGGUGAGCGACUGGAUGCCAAGAUGAAGCGUCUGGAGGCCAAGUACACCGCGCUGCACAUGGUUCCGCUUAUCGAGCGCCUGGGCACGCCGCAGCAAAUCGCCAUCGCCCGCGAGGGUGACCUGCUGACCAAGGAGCGUCUGUGCUGCGGUCUGUCCAUGUUCGAGGUGAUUCUGGCACGCGUGCGUGGCUUUUUGGACGAUCCCAUCUGGCGCGGGCCACUGCCCGGCAACGGCGUCAUGCACGUGGACGAGUGCGUGGAGUUCCACCGCCUCUGGAGCGCCAUGCAGUUUGUCUACUGCAUUCCCGUCGGCGCGCACGAGUUCACCGUCGAGCAGUGCUUUGGCGACGGCCUCCAUUGGGCGGGCUGCAUGAUCAUCAGCCUGCUGGGCCAGCAGAGACGCUUCGACAUCCUGGACUUCAGCUACCACCUGCUCAAGGUUCAAAAGCACGAUGGCAAGGAUGAAGUCAUCAAGAGUGUGCCGCUGAAGAAAAUGGUGGACCGCAUCCGCAAAUUCCAAGUGCUGAACAACGAGAUCUUCGCCAUCCUCAACAAGUACCUCAAGUCGGGCGACGGCGAGAACAUGCCGGUGGAGCACGUGCGCUGCUUCCAGCCGCCCAUCCACCAGUCGCUGGCCAGCAGCUGA